AUGAAUUCCUACCCUGAACACAAUAAGCCUCACCGCUGCCACCUGUGCCCGUUUGCCUCCGCCUACGAGCGCCACCUGGAGGCCCAUAUGCGCUCCCACACGGGGGAGAAGCCCUACAAGUGUGAGCUGUGCUCGUUCCGCUGCAGCGACCGCAGCAACCUGUCCCACCACCGCCGCCGCCGCCGCCGCCACAAGCUGCUGCCCAUGAAGGGCGCCCGCUCGCUGGCCCACAAGAAGAUGCUCAGUGUGCUGCAGAAGAAGAGCAGCGCGCUGGGCUACGGCCGGCGCCUGCUCAUCAACUUCAGCCCCCCUUCCAUGGCAGCGCACAAGGCGUACAGCAUGAGCGACUUCCCCCACGGACUGCCCCACAUACGGCAGGAGGCCUUCGACGACCAGGGCGGGGCGCCCGAGGACGGAAGCUGCAGGGACGACGAGCUCCACCACCACCACCUCCAUCAACACCACCAGGAUCUGGUCAUGGACAACCCCCUGAACCAGCUAUCGACGCUGGCCGGUCAGUUGGCCAGCCUUCCGGCGCACGUCCACUCCCAGACAGCCCAGCCCCCCGGGUCACCCCGGGCCCGGUCUCCGGUGGACGAGAAGCCCUUCCUCGUACAGCAGCCCGACCCCGCCGACACGCCCCCUGCGACGGCCUUGGCCAACACGUCGCACGCCUCGUCUCCCACGGCCCCGGACCCCAGGCUCCCCCCUCUCCCUCCGAGCGAGGGCAGUCCCGUGGCGGGGCCGUGCAGCGAGGGCAGCGGCCGCACCAGCACCCCCAGCGUCGGCAACAGCCAGCCCAGCACCCCGGCCCCGGGCCUGCCCGCCGCGCCCCAGGAGCUCGGCGCGCAGCACCACUGCCAACACUGUGACAUAGCCUUCCCCGACAACAUCCUCUACACCAUACACAUGGGCUGCCACGGCUACGAGAACGCCUUCCAGUGCAACAUCUGUGGCCACAGCUGCAUCAACAAGUACGACUUUGCGUGCCACUUUGCCCGGGGGCAGCAUAAGCAGCCGUGAUGCUUAUGAACACCACA